AUGAUGAUUUUAUUAAUGAAUAUGAAAAAGUUUUCAUCAAAAUGAACAUCUGAGUUUCGUGGCGACGCUACAUGCGAAAGACUUUUGAAUGCUUUAGAAACAAUUUCGAAGCCUUCACAAAUUCCUACAUACACUUUGAGUGUAGAACAAUUUUCAUCUCCUAGCCGAUCCAAAGUUUUACUCCACAACGAUCCUCCAAAGCCAAUUCAAAAAAUCUCAAUCAAUAUUGAGCCUCCCAAACCUAUACAAAAAAGUAAGCCUGGCUCUUUUUCUUUUAGUACUUUCGAUAACAUUGGAGCCAAGAAGCCUAAAUCCCCUCCAAAAUCUCAAGUCGGUUCAAUUGACAUGAAAAAACUCACACUGAGAACAAAUUUUGAAGACUCAGAAAGCUUUCGACAAAUUUUAAGCGCAAGAACAAUAAAGUCGUAUGGAGAAUUAUCUGAAACUAGAACCCUCUCAAUUAAUAGACAAAGGCCAAUUACUGCAAAUUCCGCUAGCUCGUCUGGAAGGAAGCCAAAAUUGAAUUAUCUGCGAGAAAGCAUAAGAAAGGCUUUCCAGCAUCAGUCUCCUGAGCUUUUGCAAGUACAGUAAAAAAUAAACAGGCUUGAAAUUGAAGGAAAGCAGGAAAUCCAAAGGAAACAAAUUAUUGCGAAAUCUUCACUCAGCAGAAGAUUAUUAGAAAAUAAGCUCCAAAGACCUAAAACAGUUGAAAGGCCGAAACGACUGUCCUCUUCCAUGGAAAAAAGGCUAGUUCUCAUCAAAAGGCCAGGAAUUGAAAGUUUAAGUUCCAGCGGACUAUCUACCUUAAGGAAGAAAGACCUAGAAAGCACUAGCGACCUUAAAAUUGAAGUCCCAAUAAUUUCUUUUACAAAUAAAAGGCCUUUUGCUUCUAAAAGAAUUCCGGUAAAAGUAGUCAAACAGCAAAGCAUUGCUUGUACAACGGAAUCCGAAGACUGCUCUGCGUUUCUCGGAGAUUUAUUGGACUCGCGAUAUUAA